AUGCCGAGACGAAUGCAUUUUCCAGCCAAGAAAAUGUUGGUUUAUUUCAGAAUGUUCAUCAUUCUUCGACAGCAUUCAGCUCUUCUGAAACGAAGGAUAAUGAUGGUUUCUCGGGUUGGGAAGCGGGUUUUCAGUCAGCCGAUUCUGGAAACCAGCCUUAGUUUUCAAGAUCAUUGGAUGCAUUUGCAGGUUCUGCAGUCGAUCUUUCUGCCCACAUGGAUUCAGUCUUUCGGUCUGGAAAAGACUUGGAAGAUGAGAAAGCAAAGCAUGCUUCACCUCUUUGGAAAAGACUUGGAAGAUGAGAAAGCAAAGCAUGCUUCACCUCUUUUGGAGUCGACAUGUGAUGACCAGAUUCAAGAUGACCUGUGGAAUAAUGUAAAUGUUUUGGCGCCGCACCAUGCUGAACAAGUUGAUGUAACAAUCAACAGUCAAGGUCUCGAAGCAGCUGAUAAUUUGUACAGUCAUCCUUCUACGGGUACUGAUUGGUUGCCAGAUGAUAUGUGGCAAACCAGCGGCGCAACUGCACCUGAGAAUAAGACAAUAAGAGGAGAAGAUGAUUCAUUUGACAUUUGGAAUGAUUUUACUAGCUCUAAGAAUUCACAAGAUUCUUCUAAGGAUUCUUUGAUACAAAGCAGAGGUCGGAUUGCUUGUGGUGAACAAAUAUCUGAUGUAACUUUUUCUAGCUCAACAAACAACUCUCAGGAAAUGGAUUUUAGUUCUUUAUCGCCACCAGAUCUCUUUUCUGGACCUUUUAGCAAUCAAACGGGUUCUGUCGAAACAAACAUCAUGCAGUCAGAAGUUAGUGCCUCGGAAAGGUUGGUCAAUGUUAAAGUCGAAGUGGGAAAGAAUGUUGUCCAAGCUGCCCAACAAUGGAGAUAUUUUCAAUUCAGCCACACAGUCGGAGCAUGACGUACGUGGAGAGUUUAUUGUCACAGAUGCACGAUCUUUCUUUCAUGCUAAAGAGCGAUCUUUCAGUUCCCUCCAUGUAAGAUGAUCAGAGUUCCUUUCCACAAGAUUAAGACUUAAUUCAAAGUUAUUUGAGCUUGUAUUAUUGAUGCAUGUCCACUUGUUUUAGUUCCAGUAUUUCCGAAAAUCUUUUUUCUAUAAGAAUCAAAACGGUCAUUGGGCUUUGAUUUGCGAAAAAAGUAUCCAAAUGGUCUUGUAUCCACUUGUACAAGUAUCUAUUGACUGUAUUGCAAAGGGAAAAUGUUGUGAAAUUGGUAGCGG